AUGGAAAAUUCUGAGAGACUCGGCGUCUUUGCAGACGCGCGACACGGUUCUGUCCAUGAUCUGCCAUGUUCGCCGUCGACCGCCUCACCCGCACUCGACGCUUCUUUCUCGCAGUCCCCUUCCACUUCGUUCCUCUCUCGGGAGUGGCCCAUCUACGGGCGCGAGCACGUGGCGCGCCUCCCGCGAGCCCGAGUCCUGCUAGUUGGGCUCCAGGGCGUCGGUGUGGAGGCCGCGAAGUGUCUCCUUCUCGCGGGUGUCGGGCGACUGUCUCUCCUCGACAACGAUCCCCCCAGCGGUCCGGAAGAAGCGAGCGCAAACUUUGCGAUUCCGAAUGAAGGCCCGCAGGGCGAGCCUCUGAACUGGGAAAACCCGGGCGAAGGAGAGACUCCCGAGGCAGGAUGGGCCGCAGGCGAUGGCGCACAUACAGCUGGAGCUGGGAGCGUCCCUGGAGUGGAGACAGAAGGCCCAGGGGGCGAAGCGAAGGAGGGACACAACUGGGCAGACCGCGGCCAGAAGGACUGCGGCAGAAACCGCGACGAGUCUCCACGCCAUCGGCGAACAGCCGCGUCACGCGCCAUGCUGGCUUACGCUGCGCUGAAGCGGCUGACCCUUCCCCAUUCGCGAGUCCACGUGGUUACAGAUCUCGGUCGAGGGGAGGAAAGAGAGCGCGGAGAACGGGCGAGCGGGGGUGGUGCGGGGACGGCUGGACGGCACCUCAAAGGAUUGCUCGCGUCCACAGACGUCGUUGUGCUCUCCAACAGCCCUUUAGACGAAGUCAUUCACGUCAACCGCCUCUGCAGAGAGAUACAGAGAGAGCGAAGGGAAGCGCGCCGCUCGGGGACAAGGCCUGCAGGCGAAGCGGACCGAUACGGCGGGCCCUACCUAGUAGCUGUGUGGACUGUGGGGUUGGCCGGCAGGCUCUUUGUCGACUUCGGAGACACCUACUCCUUCGGACCACCCAACGACGCUCACAUCGAUUUGCCGCUCGCUUCGCGGUUCUCGGCCGCGCCCGCUCCUGACGCGGCCGAGGGCGCUCUGCAGACGCUCCAGAGCCGACGGAGGCGGGGAGAAGAAACGGGAAAGGAGGAAAAAGAGGAAACGGAGGAAACGGAGGGAAGCCGACUUGGCCUAGGGGACACGGCGCCGGAGAAAGAGGGGGAAGGCGGCGCUGCAGUGAAUGCCUCUCGCGCGCGCUGCCGUCUACACUACAGGCCGCUGGACGAGGCGUUGCGCGACUUCGGGGAGACCAGCGCACCUGGUGGACGGCCCAACUGUGAAGAAGAGAUUCAGGACACACAAGACGUAGGCAUUCAGCCGUCAGAUCAGGCAGAGGAAGACGAGGAAACCAAGAGGCAACAGAUGCUCCACGUCGCGUUUCUCGCCCUAGAUGCGCUUUUGACGAAGAGACGAAACGCCCCUCUUCUGGAUUCGUCUCCCACGAUGCGUGCGACUGGGGACUUUAGUGCGCCGCUAACCUCCCCGCCGUCGCUUGCUUCUUCUUUCUCUCUGGCCUCGGCGUCUCUGGCGCCUUCGCACGCUUGGUCGUUUCUUGCGGAUCCUGGACGCUCCGCGUCUCCUCCAAAGGAAAGCGAAGACGGCAACGUCACAGGACGCACCGAGCCGCACCUGCGGCAGACACCCUUGCGCGAUGAUGCUGUUUCUGGUCUGUGCUCCGGGCAGUCGGAGAAAGAGGCAGCUGAAGAAAUUCUUUUUGUCGAAGAACAAGCGAUUCGCCUCUGGCGUCGGCGCCGCCAGGCUGCGUCGGUCCGAGGGAGAAGAGGCGACACCCUUGUCGCGGUGCGCCCCAGGGGGACUCGGCCUUCGCGGGAUGGCCAGAAUAUGGCAGAGGAAAAAAGGGAGGGACACGAAGGCAGAGAGCGGAAAACGAAAGAUGAAGCUGAAGUUCGAGUGGUCGCCAGAGAUUUGUAUCGGAGCAUGGCGGGGCAUAUCGCACCGGUUGCCUCGAUUAUGGGUGGCCUCGCUGCGCAAGAGGCUCUGAAGGCUCUCAGUGCUCGCUUCACGCCCUUUCACCAGUUCUUCUACUUUGACGCUUUGGACAUUCUCCCUUCUCCGGGGCUCCCCAGUUUCGAGGUUCCUCGCGAGGCGUCCUUGCGACUUCGGCGAUCUUCUUUCGAUUCUCCAUCCUGUUCGUCCUCUUCUUCGCCCUCGACGCAGCUGGCGUCUUCGAGGUCUGCGUCGGCAGCUGCAACCUCCUCUUCUGCUCCUGCGAGUCCCCCCUGUUCUGUCUCUUCUUCUGUCUCUUCCUCGCCGCCCCGCUGGCUCGGCCAGGAGCGCCUUCUGGGCUCGGCUGUCCAGACGCGGCUCGGUUCUCUCCACCUUUUCCUCGCUGGCGCAGGCGCCGUGGGGUGCGAGCUGCUGAAACUCUUCGCGUUGAUGGGCGUCGGGUGUCGUCCGCAGUCGACAGCCUCGGAGGCUGAGACGCCCAGGGCAGCGCUGGAGGGAAACCUCGCAGAGCAGAAAGCGCCGUCGCAGGGGUCCGUUUCGGCGCCAGACAGAGAGGGACGAAUACAGGACGCUUCACAGGAAAUGGCGACGCCAACCGGAGUCAUCCAGGGAGAAGAAAAGACGGAAAAUCGCCGAGACGAAAGAGAGCGAGGUAGGAACGAAAGAAAAGGUACAGAAGGUGAGGAAGGUGAAGACGAAGGUGGAUGUGUCACUGUCGCAGAUGCGGAUUUUGUUGAGCGCUCGAAUUUGAAUCGCCAGCUUUUGUUUACGGAGAAAGACGUUCGGCGUCCGAAAGCUGUCGCUGCCGCUGAGGCGGCUUCGAAGCUGAAUCGGGCAAUGCGCGUGCGGCCCAUCUGCGCAUUUGUGGGGACGGAGACAGAAGGACAGUUUUUCAACUGGGCGUUCUGGAGAAGGCAAAACCUCGUCGCCAUGGCUCUGGACACGGUCGCAGCGCGCAUGUACCUCGACUCCCAGUGUCUCCUCUACCAGAAGCCGCUCGUUGAGGCAGGGACUCUUGGACUGCGAGGCCACGCGCAGUCUCUCGUUCCGCAUUUAACUGAGUCGUACGGCUCGACUGCAGAUCCUCGUGGAGACGACGAGGAAGCGCCUCAGCCGACUUGUUCUGUCAGGUUGUUUCCUUCCUCGCCCCUUCAUCUGGUGCAGUGGGCCAGCGAAGCUUUCAACCGGACCUUCGGCGUGCCGCCCGAGCGGGCUGGCGCCUUCCUGGUAGAGCUCGACGCGGUCUUGAGGGGACAGAAGGGCGAGGAGACGCGCGAACGCGAGGCGCUUGGCGACGGCGAAGAGAAGAACAACGGACGGGUAUCGAACCCGGUCUCCCAGGAAAUGGAACGCCCCGCAGAGAUGGGAACCGCCAGACCAGCGGCGAGGGUGACCGGGCGUGAGACGACAACAAGAGAGGAGAAAGGCGAGACGAAGACGCAUCGCACGGAAGCGUGCGUCGGGUCUUCUUUAAAAGCCGCUUUCUCUGGGCGUGGUGGCACUUCCGAGCGUCGGGGAUCGCCUCCCGCUGGCCCGCGAGACGCAGGCAACGGCAGAGACAGAUUGCCGAGUCCACGCGAAGCAGGCAAGACGUCCAGCGAGAGCACGAGCGAGACUCUCGGAGAAACAAAUGCACCAACAGCUGGACUCACGACGCAGCUUGCAAAGGAGAUCUUAAAUUUGCCUUCCGUGCGAGACGUGCCGAUGCACCGAAGUCACGACCUCGCCGACAUCUUUGGGACCGCCCUAGACUCUCUCCACGUCCACAGCUUCCAGACCCGCAACGACAAAGAAGAAGAAGAAGGAGAAAUCGAGUGCCUCAGCGCGACGGCGGGGCGUGGCGAGGAAAGUGGCGGUGGAGAGACGUUGCCAGGAUCGGCUGAAGAGGCCCAUGUGGACAGGAAGGCGAUGGAAGAGAACAACGACGCGGGGGCUGUUUCAGAGCAGGACGAAGUCCGACGGCAGCUGCGCGUGACGCCACUGUCGUUCUCGGAGGACGACGAAGACAGUCUCAUGUUCAUCUGCACUGCGGCGAAGCUCUUGAGUCAAGUCCAUGGCGUCUCCCUCGACGUCUGCGCGGCGCGGCAAGGCGCUUCUGACGAGCACACUGGCGCACAGCGCCCUCCCACAGGCGUACACGCACCGGAAAGCGACGCAGACGGCGCAGAUUGGGAUCCUCGUGUGGUCCGGAAACUCCUUCGAGACGUCCAGAGACAGCGUCGUGCCGCCUCGCUGUCUGAAGCGGCGAAACUUGCAUCGGAGAACCCUCUCUCUGCCCUCGCCUGGCUGCGGAACGGCGCGCUCGAUACGCGUGAGAAAAAAGCCGAGAGGCGAACGUGGCGACGCUGGCUCUCUUCGGUGUUUCCGAAAAGCAGUUCCGAGCUCCCCGCAGCGGGCCCAGGCUGUCGCCCUUCAAAGGCGACUCGCGGAGAAGACCUAGACAGGACUGCGGAAGCCGUCAACGUCGGGGAACUUGAGGGUGUUUUGCGAGGUUUGCGACCGCUGCCUGAGACGGCGAGCGGCCCCAGUUCGACUCCUUCCACCGUGGCGCAUUCGCUGCGCCUCAUCCAGGAGCUGGAACUCGUCUGGCCCCAGCUGUCGGCGCCUUCCUUGGAUUCCCGGUCUUCUCUUUUUUCGUCCCCGCCUCAGGCGAGUCCUUCCGCCCCUCCUUCGGCGGACUCGGCACUUCCUCAGGCGCGGCGGCUCUUCCCUCUGACGUACAACAAAGACGCAUCCGUUCACUUGCGCUUUCUGACGGCGACGGCUCGCCUACGGGGCCAGUGUUUCCGCUUCUCGGAUCUACCAGAUCUUCUCGCAGUUCAACAGCUGAGCGGCCGCAUUGUCCCGGCGACUUCGACAGCCACGACAGUCGCUGCAGGCCUGGCUGCGCUGGAGAUCUACAGACUCGUCCAGGCGAACCUGUUGGGAGCGGCAGACUCGCCGAGAGAGCGAAGAGCAAAAUGGACGACGGAAGGGGAAACAGCGCAUGCAGCGAACGGCGAGGCGGGGGGGGACAACGAGCCCCGCGUCCGGUCGCCUUAUCGCGUGUUCUCUCCCUCGUGUUCGGUCGCCUUGUCGGCCCACACCGGACGCGCGGGAGACCCAGGGACUCGGAGGCGUCCGUGCCUCGUGAUGGAGUCACUUCUCGAUCUUGCCUGCUCAGGCAACAAGCAAGGGCGUGCUGGAGCAGAGCUCGUCACGCCCUCGGCGUGGCACGCGCCUGAGAGCACGAGGGGGAGAGGCGAGACGGGACCAUGGAGCUACGGGCACGGCGAGAGCCGACUCGGAGGCGAGGCGAGCAUCGACAGCCGAGAGAGUCAGGGGGCGAGUCGAAGCGCGCGAGACGUUGCAGGCCUCGCGCGGGGCCGCGACCGACAGGAGGAGCGGUUCCAGGCACGCACAUACCGAGAGGAAACGCCCGAGGAAGGUGACGGAGAAGAGGAACGAGGCGAUCUGGCCGCGUCUCUUGUCACAGUGGACGACGUGGUCCGGAUGCUCGAAGACACGCUUGGGGUGCGCGUCAUGGUCUUGACAUGCGAAGAUUCAGUUCUCUUCUCGCGAGAAGAGAGCGACGGUGACGCGUUUUUUGACUGGCGUGCAUUCUGGAACCCGGUCGACGAGACACCCGCAGAUACGAACGGAAGCCUUUCUGCACUGGCGCCUAACGCCCGAGAGCGCGUCGACGGCCGAGCGGAAGGCCCGAUGAAAGACGGGACCGUUACGCCCGUCAAGGAGAAAGCAGGCGAGUCUACAGAGACACUGGCCGCUUCACCAGACAGGGCGGUUGGAGGCGGGACGCCGUUGGGCUCCAAUUUCCAGUUUUCGUCUGCUCUCUCUUCUUCGGCCGCUGUCUCCAGUCUUGCUGGUUCGCCUCCGUUUGUGUCGCCGUCGGAACCCGCGGCUGUGUCAGCGUCGAGUCGGGGGUUUGGUGCGGGGCCUUUACGCCCAGAGGCAGGGAGCGGCCUUGCCGAUGUAGAGAGAAAGACAGACGCAUCGUUAGCUGACACAAUCCGGGAGAUCUUGCGGCGAACACGAGGGGAAAGACCGUUUUUUAGCCGAAGCCAGCAAGGCCCGGUCGUCGGAAGCGCAGAGAGCGACGGGGACAGGAACGAGAGGACCGCAAGCGGUCUAGGCAGUGCCAGGAGUUGCGACCCAAAGAGCGCACCGCAGGCGGUUUCUUCGAGGAACCAGAGGCGAGAGAAAGACAGCUCACGAGAAAGAGAGAAGAAGGACGGAGACGAUUUGUCGUGGGUCAUUGUGGAUGUUGUGGCGGUGGAUGAAGAAAAUAACGAGAUGGCAGUACCCCAGCUGAAACUGUGCAUUUCCACCAAGACGAAGAAGCAUGAAACGAAGCGUCGAGGCGAACCAGGUGAUCAGGAAGCCGGUGACGUGAGUUAG